AUGCUUUUCAAACAAUUAGUUCUCGCUGCGGCGUUCGGAGCGGUGGUGUCGGCACAAAAUAACGGCCAGAAUAAUGGACAGAACGGUGGUCAAAACAAUGGGCAAAAUGGAGGAAACGCCAAUGCAGGGAAUGGAGCUGCAGCUGCGGGAGGAAAUGAUGCAACUGGAACCACCCUAUCACCACAAGCAAUCCAGAGUGGUUCAUUCGUGGACGGAAGUGUGAACGGCGCUUUGGCAGAUGGACAGUCGGCUUCAAAAACAUCGCAAAACAACUUCAUCAACAACUGUGUUGGCAAGACAUUGACAAACGGUCUCCAAGUUCAAGCUGGAUCAUGUAACGGUAUUCCUAUGGGAGAUAUUCCAGCCAAGGCCAACAUGAUCUCCGCCAUCAUCCUUAACCCACAGACAGGUGGUCAAGCACAAGCUGCUGACACUACCUUUGACAUCACUGUUCAGGUCGCAAACUUGGUCGCUGGUUCAUUCACCAACGCCGAUUCCACAUACUACGCCGGUCCUCAAUUCUUGGAGGGUGGAAAGAUCGUUGGACACACUCACGUCACAGUUCAAGAUCUCGGAAACAACAUGAACCCCACUCAACCUCUGGACGCCACUCAAUUCGCUUUCUUCAAGGGUAUCAACGAUGCUGGAAAUGGAAAUGGUCUUCUCAGUGCCACCGUUACUGGAGGUCUCCCUGCCGGUAACUACCGUGUAUGCACCAUGACUUCGGCAUCCAACCAUCAGCCUGUCCUUAUGCCCGUUGCUCAACGUGGUACUCCUGAUGAUUGCACCAAGUUCACCGUUGGUGCCGCCGCUGGUGGGAAUGCCAACGCUGGUGGUAACGCUGGUGGAAACGCAAAUGCUGGCGGUAACGCCAACGCCGGUGGAAAUGCCAAUGCCGGUGGAAAUGCAAACGCCGGAGGUAAUGCCAAUGCAGGUGGAAAUGCCAACGCCGGAGGUAAUGCCAAUGCAGGUGGUAACGCAGCUGCUGGAGGAAAUGCCAACGCUGGAGGUAACGCCAACGCCGGUGCCAAUGCCGGUGCAAAUGCUGGAGCCAACGCUGGACAGAACGGUGGACAGAAUGGCGGACAGAACGGUGGACAAGCACAACGUAACCGAAACCGUUCCCGCCGAAACUUCAUUUCAUAG